CAUUCCACACUCAAAAUGAGACUUUUCUUCCUAGUUAUUUUGGCCACGUCAGUGACUGCCCGAUUCACUGAUGACUUUUACCAACUUCUGGCUGAGAAAAAUGCAGACAAAAACCUAAUUUCUUCGCCCCUUUCCGUGGAAAUUGCUAUGAGCAUGGCUUACAUAGCAGCUCGUGGAAAAACCGUCAAGGAAAUAGCAAAGGUUCUAAACGUUACCACGGAUAAUAAUCAACUAAUCAAAAAAUACAAAGAUUUUCUGACGAAAGUCGUUAGAAAAAAUACAAGAUAUUCGAUCCUUAAUCUGGCAAACCGCAUAUUUGUGAACGAUAACUAUAAACUGAUCACUUCGUUUAACGAGACAUUCAGGGAUGCCUUUAAGGCCGAGUCUCCGGCUAUCAACUUUCGAAAUCCAGACGAGGCCGCUUCGAUUGUCAAUAAGUGGGUGGCAAAUCAGACCCUUGACAGAACCCAUGACAUUGUUAAAUCCGAAGAUAUGGAUCCGGAUCUAAUGGCGGUAUUCGUCAAUGCCAAUUACUUUAAAAGCCAUUGGUAUGUUGAGUUCGAUCCUAAGAAUACCAAGACUUCCGAUUUUCGUAUAACUGACCAAAAUCGCGUUCCUGUCCAGAUGAUGUCACAAAAGGGGCCGUUUCGUGCAGAAUAUUUUGAAGACUUAGAUGCCAAGGUGAUUGAGCUAGCUGUUCACGAUUAUGAUAAUGAACUCGCUAUACUAAUAUUUUUGCCCGAAAAAAUUGAUGGUCUGAUGGAAUUGGAGAAAAAGAUCAGAGGUUUUUCCCGGUACAUCGGUCUUUAUGAAGGAACCUUGGAGCUCCCCAAAUUCAAGAUUGAGUAUUCCGAAGACCUUAAAAGUAUUCUUCAGACGAUGGGCAUACGUUCUGCGUUUAGCUCGGCCGAUUUUAUUGGGCUAGAAAAACCCGGCAACAUGAAAGUGCUUCACAAGGACUUCAUUGAAGUUAAUGAAGAGGGAGACAAAGCUUUCUCCCAUCCCAUGCUCCCACCGGUGAUUUACCCUCCUCGUAAUGUUACUGUAGAUCAUCCGUUUGCGUAUAUCGUUCAAGACGUGCGAAAGACCAUUUAUUUCCAAGGGCAUGUGGUAAACCCUGGAGCAUAAACCACGCCUUGCAAAUUCAUUAUUUUUAAUUUUAUUAAAUAUAUUUUUGCUAAUUGUUUGUGUGACUUCGGAGACCAUACCGAAUUUCGGUAAAAAGUGUGAAUAAAUAUCAGGCUAACUUGGUCAUCA